AUGGAUACAAAGUGUCCGGUUUGCCAAAAAACGGUACCUUCGGACGAAGUUAAGGUCCACCUUGUCAUGUGCCUGACACACCCAAGAAUAGCCUACAACGGUAGGUAAUA